GAAGAGUAGAAGAACGACUACGUAUAUAUAUCAUGAACCCACGAAAUCUUCUUUCAAGCAUCACUAAUAUGGCAAAAGACGGGAGUACGGAUGAGCGGACGAAGCUGAACACCUCGGAUUAUGACGUGGCGUGGAUUUGUCCGUUACCUGACGUUGAACUGCCGUCUUCCAGGUUCAUGUUCGACGAAGUCCACCUCACGCCGAAUUAUGACGCUAGCCAGGACUCUAAUCAGUACUAUUGCGGCAAGAUUGCAGGCCAUAAUGUGGUCAUGGCAACUCUACCUCUUGGAUACUCCGGCUAUCACCACGCCGCCCGCUUGAGCAGCGCUCUGUUCAAUACAUUUUCCAAUAUCAGGACAUCGCUCAUUGUUGGAAUUGGUGGAGGAGUGCCAUUACCGCAGCCAUGUGACAAUCCCCUACAAGAUAUUCACCUUGGAGAUGUCGUGGUAGGAUGGUCUCGAGACGGCAAAUCUGCGUGUGUCCACUAUGGAUGGAAUAGGGACAGAGGAAACACGGAACCUGAAAUACUUGGCACAAUGGAGAAAGGGGAUUGGAAUCUUGGGCAAGGUCUCGCGAAGUUGGCAUCAGACCAUGAACGUGGUGAGACCAAUUUUCAGGAUCAUUUGAGGCGAUUGGAGAACGCCCCGGGGUUCGCCCAUCCCGGACUUGAAUACGAUCGACUAUUUCGCGAUUCUGUUGAACACCGAGGUGAAUACGGUUCGAGCUGCGAGAAUUGUAUUCGCAACCCAUUCGCAUUGGUUGCGCGGCCUCCACGUACCAGUGUGCCCAAGGACGAUAUCAUCUUCCACCUGGGAAAGAUCGCAAGCGGCAAUUCGGUCAUCCAAAACGGGAAGCGCAGGGACAAGAUCAGUCAGAUUUGUGGUGGGGUGCUUUGCGUCGAGAUGGAAGCAGUAGGUGUCGAUGUCAAUAGGAAAUAUCUUGUGGUGCGGGGAAUAUCCGAUUAUGCAGAUUCGCAUUAGAACGACAUCUGGAAACUUUAUGCUGCUGGCAAUGCAGCAGUGUUCUCGAAAGAGUUGCUAUGUAAGAUGCAACCGAGAGCCCUUCAACAUGAGGCGGCGAGCCAUCCAGGUCCGAGUCCACUUCUGCAAGCUCAACGCAACAUGCAACGAGGCCAGGUAUUUCAGGGUGGUUCUGUUUUCUCAGGCAACAACCGGACAGCAAGCGGGGAUAUUAAGAUGCUCGGCAAUGUCAACAUGGGGGAUGGAAAUUUAUCAUUCUGAUGGAUUCGAUGUGCAUUUUCGUUGUAUCGAGUAGCGUCAAUGUGCUAUUCAACCGCGCUUUGUAAUGCCGAUUUAAGUUUGCCUUUGCUUGCCGUCAAAUAAUCACCCAAAAGGGCUGUCGCGAUAGG